UGGGACGGACUGCAGCUGAUCUUACAAAACUGAAAGCAGCGAUCGUGGCAGCCUAUGAAAACAGCUCUCAGCAUGACCCCAACUCAAAUAACGCCAUGCUGGGAGUCCAUGCUUCUGCCUCAGCUAUCAUCCAAUAUGGGAAGAUCGCCCGUAAGCAGGGCCUGGUGAACGUAGCCCUUGAUAUCCUCAGUCGCAUCCAUACUAUUCCCACCGUGCCCAUCGUGGACUGUUUUCAGAAGAUUCGACAGCAGGUCAAGUGCUACCUCCAGCAGGCUGGAGUUAUGGGCAAGAAUGAAUGUAUGCAGGGUUUGGAAGUUAUUGAAUCUACAAAUCUGAAGUAUUUCACAAAGGAGAUGACAGCUGAAUUCUACGCACUGAAGGGGAUGUUCCUUGCGCAGAUUAAUAAAUCUGAGGAAGCCAACAAAGCAUUUUCUGCAGCUGUCCAAAUGCACGAUGUACUGGUAAAAGCUUGGGCAAUGUGGGGUGAUUACCUGGAGAAUAUCUUUGUCAAAGAAAGACAGCUUCACCUUGGUGUAUCUGCCAUCACCUGCUACCUGCACGCUUGUCGCCACCAGAAUGAGAGCAAGUCGAGAAAAUAUCUUGCCAAGGUCCUUUGGCUACUGAGUUUUGAUGAUGAAAAGAACACACUGGCAGAUGCAGUGGACAAGUACUGUAUUGGCGUACCACCUAUCCAGUGGCUGGCCUGGAUUCCUCAACUCUUGACAUGCUUGGUUGGCUCAGAGGGCAAACUUCUUCUCAACCUCAUAAGCCAAGUUGGAAGAGUGUUCCCCCAAGCUGUCUAUUUCCCAAUUAGAACAUUGUAUUUAACACUGAAGAUUGAGCAGCGGGAACGUUACAAAAGUGACUCGGGACAGCAGCAGCCGGGUUCAGUUGGCACCCAGUCUCACUCUGCCUCUGACCCUGGACCAAUACGAGCCACAGCACCAAUGUGGCGUUGCAGCCGGAUAAUGCACAUGCAGCGAGAGCUUCACCCGACCCUGCUUUCAUCCCUAGAGGGCAUUGUGGAUCAAAUGGUGUGGUUCCGUGAAAACUGGCAUGAAGAGGUGCUGAGACAACUACAGCAAGGAUUGGCAAAAUGCUACUCUGUGGCUUUUGAGAAGAGUGGAGCUGUGUCUGAUGCCAAAAUCACACCUCACACAUUAAACUUUGUUAAGAAGCUUGUGAGCACUUUUGGAGUUGGUCUCGAAAAUGUAUCCAAUGUGUCCACCAUGUUCUCUAGUGCAGCCUCAGAGUCUCUGGCAAGAAGGGCUCAGGCCACAGCGCAAGACCCAGUUUUCCAGAAACUCAAAGGACAGUUCACAACAG